AUGCUUUGUCGAAUUACCAGAUCUAGAAUAGCAAGGAGAAGCUUUUCGGUUUCAAGGUUCCUUUCCAACAGUAACAAUAACGGCAACGGCAAUAACAACAACAAUAACAAUAACAAUAAGGGCAAUAAGGACCAGCUCCGAAAGCUCGGCUCUGUCCUACUGAAGGGGAAAGUUGGUGAACUGACCGAUAAGGAGACCAGGAAAGGCACAGCCCUUAAUAUUAGUACGAAGAAUUUACCUCCACCUUCAACUAUUGAUGAGCUGGCUCUUGAUCUUGCUGUCAAGGAGAAUAUAGACGAGCUAGAAGACUCAUAUGAGACAGUCGCUUUCAUGACUAAGGAUGACGUGCAGAUCCAAGAGAAUUUGGAUUCUGGCGGUCAAUUUGGGUCUUUUCCUUCAAAGCAUUUCUUGGAUAGAAAAGCGCUUAUCAGGAGCCUACCUGACGAGGUAGACAUGCUUGAUACUCCAUGGGAGGAAAUCGAACGCAUCUACAGCACACUCAAUAGAUUAGACGAGGAUAAGGCUGUACAUGCAAAGUACAUGAAGAGGUUUGGUAUUGACGAAAAGGAUCUUAUGACGAAGCUCCGUCUUGGACGCAAUCUCGAUGACAUGUGCAAAGCGGGCCGUCGUGGUGAAAAAUAUGACGUGCCAAAAGGUCUAGAAAGGGUCUUCAAAAGACUCUACCCCUAUAACGUCGUGGGAUUUGACCGUUCUAUACUUGGGGUUCCUCUAAGAACAGGAAAGCAUUCUUUGAAGAGUGAUGAUGAUGAGAACGCUCGAAAGCAAAUCCCCGAAGAGCUCGUUAGAGACGUUCGCCCUUUCGAUACAAAGGUUCCAGUGCAUAAGAUCGACGUUAACUUCUUCGAAGAAGACCAACUCAAAGAAAGCAUCAGCCCGUAUGACCUGAAGCCUCUUCCUCCGGAAGAUUUACUUCGGAACAUCGGCAAGCCAUUGAUCUUUGACGAUAUCGACAAUUACAAGAAGAUUGAGCAUCCCUCUGUGGAACUCUUGGAUCGUAUAGAAAGAGAGGCGCUCACAUUAAAAGAUUCCCUUUAUUUGGAAAUUGCCAGAAAAAUGAUUCCCCUGGGUACCGAUGUCGUCAAUUUGAAUGCGCCUAAACUACGGACGAACGAGUACGUUGUUGCACUGAAAGACCACCACGCAACGACAUUAUCAGGCCCAACGUUAAGUUAUCGUUACAAAUACUUUGACUUGGUUCCUGUUUACGGUAUGUUACUUACCAACAGAAAGCAUUGCAACAACCUUUACAAACAUCUAUUCAAAGUCAUUCUCAUCAAUCUCGAGGAGCAUAUCGACGUCUUGACACGUAUAAAGUAUAAGCUGCCAGAAGAGUCACAGGCAUUCCUUGGGAAACUCUACGCAAAGAUUCAUCGUGUCGUGUCGGAUAAGCUUAUGCCAAUGGCAGUCGACUCUAGACUACGAAUUUCGUUAGAUUACCAGGCUGUCAUUCAUAAGCAUAUUGCUUCGUUCAAUUUUUCCAGACUUUACUGGCUAAAGGCUCCUCAGAAGCCACCUUUUGGUGGUAGAGACUAUAAUCGUCUGGUGCGCAGAAGGGCACAGAAGUACAAUAUUCUCAUCCUUAACCCUGCGCACCUCAAAUACUCCAAGUAG